UCUUUUUCUUCUUCUACUCUAAACUCUUCAACUCAAGCUAAACAAAUCUCUUCUGUCAAGUAUAUACAUGCUCUGGAUGGAGAAUAUGGAGAAUGUUAGUGAGGAGUACAACCAAAAUAUCUGGGAGCCAAACUAUGUGUUUGAAAACGAAGAAUAUAGCAGUUGGGCAAUGGAUGAACUGUAUGAUAAUGAUUGUUCAAGUUCUCCGGAUGGAGCACCCGCUUCUGCCUCUCUCUCCAACUCUAACAACAUCCUUUCCGAGCGAAACCGAAGAAAGAAGCUUAACCAACGCCUCUUUGCUCUCAGAGCUCUUGUUCCUAAUAUUACCAAGAUGGACAAGGCUUCCAUCAUCAAAGAUGCCAUUGACUACAUCCAGCAACUCCAAGAACAGGAGGCAACACUCCAGGCCGAUAUUAUGGAGUUGGAGAAUAACAACAAUAAUAAUCCAAAGAACCACGACCUACCAAUGCUUCUAACAUCCAAGAACACCAGCGUUUUCGAUUCCCCUAUCCAACUUCUUCAACUCAACGUGACGCCCAUGGGAGACAACACACUACUGGUCAGCAUUACAUGCACGAAAAGGGCAGACACCAUGCUUAAACUCUGUCAACUUUUCGAAUCAUUGAACCUCAAGAUUAUUACAGCCAACCUCACUGUUGUCUCUGCCAAUCUCUUUAACACGCUGUUUAUUCGGGCUGAUGAAAAGGAGAAAGAAGAGUUAAAAAUGCAGAUCCAAACUGCCAUUGCAGCUUUUAAUGGUCCACAAACUCCUAUCACCAUCUAAUCAAAACAACAUCUCCUCCCUCUUGGCUAUCUGCUUUGAUGUAUUGUUUUCAGCUUCUGCUGGCACACGCCUUCACAUCGAUCCACUAUGUUUGAGUUUUUAAUUAUUUAAUUUUAAGAAACUUUAUUUUCUGUUCUA